GGAGAGGCAAUGAGAUGAAAUAGGACUUCAGACCGGAUCAUGGCGGCGCCUCUCGGGCGGGACGCCUUACCUGAACACUGGUCCUACGGGGUCUGCAGGGACGGCAGGGUCUUCUUCAUCAGCGAUGAGGUGCACACCACCACCUGGCUGCAUCCGCGCUCAGGUGAGCCGGUGAACUCCGGACACAUGAUCCGCUCAGACCUACCUCCAGGAUGGGAGGAAGGUUUCACGGACGACGGGGCCAGUUACUUCAUAAAUCAUAACCAGAGGACCACGGCGUUUCGCCAUCCUGUCAGCGGGCAGAUCUCUGCAGAGAACAUGGAUUUUAUCCUGCAAGAACAGCCGCAGGGAGCUUCGUUGAUGUCCAAACCCGUGUGUGAGCAGCUCUCCAGCACCACCGUCAGCGAGGCCUCCACUGCCCUCACCUCCUCCACUGUGGACACCACCUCCAAGGGCUCCCGGUCCAGUGGAAGGGUGCACAGCUUUGGGAAGAGAGAGCAGGCCAUUAAAAGGAAUCCCAAUGUUCCUGUGGUGGUGAGAGGAUGGCUGUACAAACAGGACAGCUCUGGGAUGCGUCUUUGGAAGAGGAAGUGGUUCGUCUUGGCUGAUUUCUGUCUGUUCUACUACAAAGACAGCAGAGAGGAAUUGGUCCUCGGCAGUAUUCCUCUGCCCAGCUAUGUCAUUUCAGCCGUGGGACCCGAGGACCACAUCAGCCGCAAGUAUGCCUUCAAGGCCAGCCACACUGGUAUGCGCUCGUACAUUUACAAGCAGAGCUCUGUGAUUGGCUCGCAGGCGGAGCACACUGGGAUGCGGACGUAUUACUUCAGCGUCGACACCCAGGAGGACAUGAACACCUGGCUGAGGGCCAUGAACCAGGCCACAAUGAUGCAGAACCACACCAACACACUCAUCGGACCAUCCGACAAGUUCGAGACAUUUAACCUGUUGCAGCAGCAGGCCGUCCCGCAGACCAACCACGUGAACCACCACAAGUCCCCGGACUCCGGAACCAUGAGACCCCUCGUCCACGAGGUUCUCCUGGAGCCCGUCCACCGCGACGCCGACGAGCGCUGCAGCUUCCACAAGGGCUCCCCGGCCACCGCCGCCUCGGAGCACCCCACAGGAAGCACAGCCCUGGAGAUGGACACGCACAUGUCCCUCCCCUCCAACCUGGCACCCUCUGCCCUCCCGCAGUUCGACCAUGUGUCGGCCUCGGCGCCCGUGUCCAGGGUCCCGUCGCGGGCGCCGUCGCGGGCCGCCUCCACGCUGCCCUCAGGCGUCUGCACGAGGAACGGCCUGGUGUCCACGCCCAGCCCCAUCCUGGAGCCCAACGGCAUCGCAGCGGGGACGUACCAGAGGGCGCCCGUGGUGACGCCCCCCGCCGACGCGCACAAGCAGGUGCACAGGAGAAACACUCUGGAGCAGGUGGAGCAGUGGGUCAAAGUUCAGAAGGCGGAGCACAAAGGCCCCCCAUCCAGAGAGAACACCCUCCCUCGUCGCACCCCUCCAACCCAGCACAAGUUCACCACCCUGGAUUCAUAUCAGACUCUGCCAAAGACCCCUCGCCAGAGCCCCACACCGGCCCGCAUCGGCGAGUACAAGUACGCCCAGGACCGCCUCAGCCACUUCCGCCUCGCCCCUGACCCGGGGCCCAACACCGUGUGGCAGCUGUACGAGUGGCAGCAGCGCCACCAGUUCCGUCAUGGCAGCCCAACGGCGCCGCUCUACACCCCGGCCCCGGACUACCCGUUCGGCCCCCGGCCCCCCACCGUGCCUCCCACCUCCUCGGCGCCCAGGUCCGAGGGGUCGCCCCGCUGUGUGUCGGUGCCGCCGUCGGCUGCAGACAUCCCUCCACCAGGGCCUCCACCCGGCAGCAGCAGGACCCUGUCCCCCACACGGAGGCCGCACACGCCAGCCGAGCGGAUGACUGUCAGGCCCGUGGGUGACAGGUCUGUGGUGGACAUCCCCUUCACUGUGUCCCCCCGCAGGGCCAAAUCUCAGAUGCUCAAGGCUGCUACUAUCGACAGACGGUCGAUGCCUCCGUCUGGCUACAUCACACACACAGUCAGUGCACCCAGCCUUCAUGGCAAAACGAGCGAUGACACCUAUAUGCAGCUGAAGAAGGACUUGGAGUAUCUGGACCUGAAGGUAACUGGAAGUCAGACGCUGAAGGAGUCAGGGAAACCUGUCAAGGUUGCAGAAAGUGACGUGGAUGUGAAGUUAAGUCGGUUGUGUGAGCAGGACAAGAUCCUCAAGGAUCUGGAGGCGAGGAUCAGCUCCCUGAAGGAUGACAAGGACAAGCUGGAGAGUGUGCUGGAUGUGUCCCACCAGCAGAUGGAGCAGUACCAGGAGCAGCCGGCCCACGCACACAAGAUCGCCUACCAGCAGAGGCUGCUGCAGGAGGAUCUGGUGUCCAUCCGGGCCCAGAUAUCACGCCUCUCCACGGAGAUGGCACUGGCCUGGGAGGAGUACAGCAGGCUGGAGAGAUCAAUGGAGCAGUUGAGGAUUGCGCUGCAGGCACACAUGAACCACAGCGCCACCCCACAGCAAGAGAAGGGUGAGAUGAAGCGUGAGCUGUGGAGGAUCGAGGACGUGAUGGGGGGACUGAGCGCCAGCAAAGCCAACUACAAGAUCACCAUUGACUCGGUCCAGAACCCAGAGAGGAAACUAGUGCCUUCGGUGUCGGACCCGGCAGUGCCUUCUUUCAGCACAGAGGUCCAUCCGCCGCCUCGCAGCUCCAUCCCCAGCAUCCUCUCCCACACUCUGCCUCACAGCACCGUGCCAAAGUGGGCGGAGGACAGCGCCCCCCCCAGGCCACCGCUGCCUCGCCUCUACGACUACGAGGAGGCGCCGCCUGUGGUGCCGCCUCUCCCCAGAGAGGCCUCGGUCAUCCGCCACACAUCGGUGCGAGGGCUGAAACGCCAAUCGGACGAGAGGAAGCGGGACAGGGAGAGCGGGCAGUAUGUUGCCAAUGGAGACUGUAAGGCGGACUUGAGGUCAUACGUGAGUGAACCAGAGCUGCCAGGCCUGAGCCACCAGAACACCGCGUCUGAGGUGGACUACCAGUAUUACCAGGGCAAAGGUCUGCCAGGCUGCUCUUUCCGACUGAACCAGUCCAACUCCAUCGCGUCCUACGUCACCCUAAGGAGAGGCCCAGGUAGCUCCGCAGCCAAGGAGAGACCCAAGAGUGCCUUGGAGCGUCUGUCGUCGCCCACAGAAGCCCUGCUGCUCCCGAGCGGCCCGCCGCGUGGCCGAAUGACCGCGGAGGAGCAGCUGGAGCGGAUGAAGCGCCACCAGAGGGCGCUGGUUCGCGAGCGCAAGAGGAACCUCAGCCAGGGCGAGCGCUCCGGCACUGACCGCCUCUCCGCCUCCUCCGUCGGCACCCAGCGCUCCUCCUCCUCCUCCAGACUGCCCUCCAGCACCUCCGACCCUCCGGCCUCCGUGUUUGAUUGGCAGGAGGAGCGACUCGCUGCCGAAGGUCAGAGCGAUGAAGGGUGGAAUCAAAUGAAAGAGAGAGGAAGGAUCCAUUCGGAUGAGUGGGUGACGGCGACGGCCACGCGCAUACGAGAAGUGGAUGUGGAGCCUCUGGACUACGACCUGGACAUCAGCCGGGAGCUUUCCAAACCGCAAAAAGUUCCCAUCCCGGAGCGCUACGUAGAGUCCGACCCCGACGAGCCUCUGAGUCCAGAGGAGCUGGAGGAACGCUUCCGUCGGGCCGAGCGCAUCAAGAACCUGCUGGCCAAAUCCAGUUUCCAGAACAUACAGCCGUCUGCACCCCUGGACUUCAGCGAGCUGGACUCCGCUCUGCAGCAGCAGGAGAGGAUCAUGACCGUGUCCCACGCGCUGGCCUCCGAGGCCUCACGCAAAAGCAAACUGGUCGCAGCCAAAGCUGCUGCAGAGCACUGACCCACGAGAACAACCGACACAACCAACACAAGAGUCUUUGAGGAGAAAAAAGGAUCUAAUCAUUUUUCAGCAGUUGCCAACUAACUGAUUCACAAAUCUUUUUAUGAGUGAGCACAAGACACAUUUUUUAGCGCUUUGAUUCAGAAUCAAUCUUUGCUACUGCACAAUUAAGCAAUAAUAAUUUAUAACACGAGUGAACUGCUUCUUUUUUAAACCUGCAAUUAACCAUGUUGUAGUUUUUACGAGUGAAUAAGAGUGAAAAGAAAGCCAAUGCUAACAUGCUCCAACUACAGUGGGAAUGUUUUCACAUGAAUCCUUUAUUUAUUACCUUGUUUGGGCUUAACAUGCUUGUUCAAUUUAUACUGUACAUUUUCUAAAUAACAUUGAUCCUGGUCCUGUCAAUCAACUAAACUACACUAGAAAAUAAUAUGAAUAAAAAAGAGUUAAUCAUUUGGUGUCAUUUUCCUGAAGGUUCAUUUUGUUUCAAAAAUAUAAUACAUGUUUCUCUGUUGCACUCAAAACAUUUGUCAUAAGCUUAAUAGAUUAGAGCAUAAAUUAACACAUUUUUUAAAGCUAUUCAUUUUAAAGGCAUAUAUAUGCAUUUUAUUGUUAAUAUAAAUAUUGUUAGCUAGGAGAUGCAGAGGAGAGGCAGUCUUUCAAAGUAAAGGAACAUAAAGACCAAGUGAAUUUAUCACUUUUUAAGUGUUUUCCACAAAAUAUACAGUUGUGACGCAUUCACAACAGCCUUGUUCUUCCUGUUAAAUCAAACCCUGGAGCGAUUAUUCCUUUGGUGCGAUUAGUUUGGAUUGUUGUGAUUCCAGACCAGAAAGCCGCCUCGAAGGGUUAUUAGUCUCAGACCGCUGGACCACAAGUGAACCAUUUAUAUGUUAUAUUAUUGUUUAAAAAAACAUUUGCUUUCCUGCUUUGGUGUCAGGUGAACUAGUAGCUUAUUCACACAUUUACUAGGACAGAAUUUGAGGAAUUUAAUGUUCAUCAGUCCAAAUAUUUGGCAGAGAUUAGCCAGCUAGCUAGCGCAACAUGUAGGCUAUCAUUGUGGCAUUGGUUAGAUUCACAAAAUGGACUUUUGGUUGUGAACUAAGCCACAGAAGGGCCGGGCUUUGAAGCAAAUUUUACACAGUAGAUAAAACGCUUGAAUUACCAUAUCCGGGUCUGUCACGUGACCCAACGGGCACAAAAAGGCUGUUUCCCAUUAACUUACAUUAGGAAAGAGACUACAGUAACUCAGCGGAUAUUUAUUUAAAUUUUUUUCAAAUCUAGAGUAAUUUUCCGUCCUUUAACGUCCACUCUAUUGGCCAAUAGAUGCGGAAGAUCUGGGUAUUUUCAUCUAAAUUCUAUACUGGGAAGAACUUUCAUAGGAUUGAACGGGGAACAGCCACCAUCUCUA